AUAAAUCUAUUUGGGCAGAUUUAAGGUUUCUUCCCGCCUUCAUCUGUGAAUGAAUCCGUGAGCAUGAGUGUGUGUGCAAGCUAAGAGAGAUAUGCAAAUAGCCCCAGUCCACUGACGACUAAUUGAUAAGAUAAAACGUGUUGAAACUCGAGCGAUAAGCAUACUAGUUGAAUGCUCGCUUGAAUGCAAUCAAAAAAGAGAAGAAUCCCAAAAUUUAAGUGCAAGUGCAUUGAACCCGUUGGACGCAAAUCACCUCCUUGUCCACAUAAUUGUCUGUCUGUCUUCCAUUUGCCAUCUGAAUGAACGACUCCAGCUCUCAGGCAGGUGGGCCAUCCUUGUGCCUGGAAUGGAAACAGCUUAAUUACUAUGUACCGGCCCAGGAGCAGAGCAACUACAGCUUUUGGAAUGAGUGCCGAAAGAAACGAGAGUUGCGCAUACUGCACGAUGUCAGCGGUCACAUGAAAACAGGCGACCUCAUCGCUAUUUUGGGGGGCUCUGGUGCGGGCAAAACGACUCUGUUGGCAGCAAUUUCGCAACGUUUGCGUGGUAACCUGACCGGGGAUGUGGUUUUAAAUGGUAUAGCCAUGGAACGGAAUCAAAUGACGCGCAUCUCCAGCUUUUUGCCACAAUUCGAAAUCAAUGUUAAAACAUUUACGGCCUACGAGCAUUUGUAUUUCAUGUCCCACUUCAAGAUGCAUCGUCGCACCACUAAGGCGGAGAAACGCCAACGGGUCACAGAUCUUCUGUUGGCCGUUGGUCUCCGAGAUUCAGCUCAUACACGCAUUCAACAACUGUCGGGUGGCGAACGCAAACGGCUCAGUCUGGCCGAGGAAUUGAUUACAGAUCCAAUAUUUCUAUUUUGCGAUGAACCCACUACAGGAUUGGAUAGCUUCAGUGCUUAUUCGGUGAUCAAGACCUUGCGGCAUUUGUGCACUAGGAGGCGCAUAGCGAAGCACUCGCUGAACCAGGUCUACGGUGAGGACUCCUUCGAGACGCCAAGCGACGAAGGUGGCAGCAGUGGGGGAAGUAACUCAAUACAAAUGGAAAUGGUGAGUAGCUCACAUGAGAGUCUCCUGCUCCAAUCGAUGAGGGAUAUGCCCACCUUGAGUGUCCUGAACAAUAGCCCAAAUGGGACCCACAAGAAGGCUGCCAUUUGCUCAAUACAUCAGCCCACUUCGGAUAUAUUUGAGCUAUUUACCCAUAUCAUUCUGAUGGACGGCGGACACAUUGUCUACCAGGGACGCACAGAGCAGGUGGCCAAAUUCUUUACGGGCUUGGGCUACGAGUUACCCUUGAAUUGCAAUCCAGCUGAUUUUUAUUUAAAGACUCUGGCAGAUAAUCAAGGAUCCAAAAAUGCCGGCUCCAUUUUGAGAGCUAAGUACGAGCACGAAACGGAUGGCUUAUACGGGGGCAGUUGGUUGCUCGCCAAAAAUUAUAGUGGUGACUAUCUGAAACACGUGAAGAACUUCAAGAAGAUACGUUGGAUAUAUCAGGUAUAUCUCUUAAUCAUACGAUUCAUGACUGAAGAUCUGCGGAAUAUAAAGAACGGACUCAUUGCCUUCGGGUUCUUCAUGAUCACCGCCGUUACGCUCUCUCUGAUGUACUCGGGCAUUGGAGGACUCACGCAGCGCACUGUUCAGGAUGUGGGUGGUUCUAUAUUUAUGCUCAGCAACGAGAUGAUCUUCACCUUCAGUUACGGCGUGACUUAUGUCUUUCCCGCCGCCAUGCCAAUAAUUCGUCGAGAAGUCGGCGAGGGAACCUAUAGCUUAUCAGCGUACUAUGUGGCCCUGGUGCUAUCCUUUGUGCCGAUCGCGUUUAUCAAGGCCUACGUUUUCCUUUCGGUCAUAUAUGCUUCGAUUUAUUACACACGGGGACUCCUACUCUAUAUAAGCAUGGGUUUCCUGAUGAGCCUUUCCGCUGUGGCCGCUGUUGGCUAUGGUGUCUUUUUGUCCAGCCUUUUCGAGACUGAUAAAAUGGCGUCGGAAUGUGCGGCCCCAUUCGAUUUGAUAUUUUUGAUAUUUGGCGGAACGUACAUGAAUGUGGACUCAGUGCCGGGGCUUAAGUAUUUCUCCUUAUUCUUCUAUUCGAAUGAAGCGUUGAUGUACAAAUUUUGGAUUGACAUUGAUAAUAUAGAUUGUCCUGUCAACGAGGAUCACCCUUGUAUUAAGACUGGAAUGGAGGUCUUGGAACAGGGCUCCUACCGUACAGCCGAUUACACCUAUUGGCUGGAUUGCUUUAGCCUAUUGGUAGUUGCCCUUGUUUUCCACAUCGUAUCCUUUGCCCUGGUCCGACGGUAUAUUCAUCGGAGUGGUUACUACUGACGGAGCGGAGUGAUUACUACCCACAUCACAUUACACAUACCUACACAAUAUAUACAUACAUACAUGAAAGUUCUCUUCAAAAAAGAUAACGAUUUUUGUAGGCUUCUCAAACAAAAUUUCUUUACCCAUCAAUAUCUUUAUUGCCGUCUUAAGAGUAAUCCUCUUCAGAUAUAAAACCAUUAGUGCCAUCAGUGCUUUUCUUUACGACAGUUUCAUAAAAUUCCAAUCCGUCUGCUUCUAUGCAAACUGGUAGAUACACUAAGUUGUGAGGAUGAAAUUGGUUUCUCACUAACGUAGGUUGUACCUUUAUUAGACUAGCGAAUUAUAAAAUCAUAUAGAAUGACUUUUAUCCUAUUCUAGCUGUCGAUAAAUUUCUUUAAGAUCCGCAUAAUUUUCGUAAAUAUUCCGCCAACAACACCGCAUCGUGCGGACAUCGUUUUUUAUUCGAUUACUAUAUUUUGUUGAAUCGGUAUUUUGAGGUAAAAUAUUCGUUUUCUUUU